AUGCCGGCCCUCCGCAAGUCUCUCCGGGAGUCGCGCGACUUUAAAUCGCAACAAAGGUCCAGCACCACGCCCUUCGCCUCACCUACCGGCACUCCAAGCGAGCACACCAACGAGAAGAAGCAGCGAUCAAUCACCGAAUGGACUGAACCCCAACCGCAAACUCUCGCCCCGUCGUUCGAAGAGCACGGUUUUGCGCGGCACGGCGUCUUGGAGAAUAUGGCCCCCCUCGGUGUGCCUCCAAAGGCAAAGGACAAACAGCGCGCGCGCGCUCUCGACGGGCCGCCCACUGCUCGACAUUCGCUACUGGGGAAGAGUGCGGUUUUUGGAGGUGACGAGGUUGGAUCUACGCCAGAGGUCACUCCAGCUCCUGAGCUCGAGCCGGACGACUCGGAGCGGCAAGAGGAGGACGAGAUGCCGGUUGGCUUGCCCAUGCUUGAAGACGACGAGGACGACGACUACGAGCCCAAGACGAAGGCGAAGAAGAAGGUGAAGGUGUCAAAAACUCCUGUCAGGGGCAAAACGCCAGUGCAGAGUAAGACACCUGUCAAUGGCAAGACGCCCGUCAAGAACGGCCACACCAAGAGCACCUCUGUUUCUGCCAGUCCAGCAGUUCAAGCUGUUUCCAUGUCAGAGCCCGUUGAAGCUGCGACUCAGCGUAUCCAGAUUGCUGUCAACGAUGCCAUCUCCAAAGCCAACAGUCACACUGGCAAGCGCUACGUGGGCAUCGCCUUGCGGCGCGCCUACGAGCAGAGCAAAACAGACUCCGCCUUGGCAGACGCCAUCGAAUCAGUAAUUCAUGGAAAGAGCACCAGUGAACAGCUCUACCGAUUUCGCAAAUUCAUCAAGCAGUUCAAGCAGGAGGAAAAGACGAGGUUGGGCUUGAGCAAAGACAGGCGCUUUGACCAACAAGCUGCAAUGAAUCACGAUGCCUCGUUCUUCAGUCAGCAGCCAUCGCCAAGGGCCAGUAGUGAGAUCGUUCCUGAUGACUCUGUCUCGGCUGUCAACGACUACCAGGAUAGACAGUUCAUGAACUCUACAAAUUCGGCUACAAACUUUUCGCACGAAGCACUGCAAUCAGCUCUUGAUCAAGAUUCAGGCCAAGCACUACCUCAUCCGUUUAGUACCGCACCCGCUCUUCCAGCGACUGCUGAUACCUCAGCCGAGUCAACGCCGAGAAUGCAGUCCAAGUCGCCCCAAAAACGAACCGCUACCAAUGGAAGUCUGGCGCCGGAUUCUGCGAUGGAACUAGACGGAGGAAUUUCUACCACGGCACCAACUCCAGCCGCAAGGACGCCGGACACUGGGGCGAGCGAUUCUGAGCUAUCAGAUGUCAAUGAAGAGAUUGUCCAGAAAGGCCCUCCAGAGCCUGUACAGGUCAAUGGAAAACCUACUGCACCUGCGCCAGUUGUAGCCCCAAAGAAAGGAAAGAAUCUUGCGGCUGCACGUGCUGCUAAAAAGAUGAAAGGCAAUGCCGGGAGGCUAUUCGGGAAGCAUGCACACAAGCUACAGCCACCGACCGCGGAGCAGCAAGCGGAAGAUGAGCGACUCAAUGAGAUGCGAAAAGCUAUGGUCGAUGAGCAGCCUAUCCGGAAACUUGAGCAAAUUCCUCCUCCCAUCUCCGAUGUCCGCUUCGAUGAUGAGAUUCUUGAGACAGAGUCUUUGACCGAGUCUCAGAUCGCGGUGGGGCCUCCUGUUGAUUCUGAUCAACCGCGACGCGCUGGGCGGGUUCCAAAUCAUGGUACUAAGCGUAUACGAGAGGAUCCGUCACGGUUCUCAUCACCUCAGUUCGAACCAGCUGUGUCGUCGCGCCCUUCAACGCCUGCAAUGGGACCGGCACCUAAGCGGGUCAAGCUCACUAACGGACAGGGCGCGAGGACGAAACGAUCGCCGGUCAAAAACCGAGAUGCAGGACCUAUUGCUGGUGUAGCCUUUACUGGCGGUGGCGGUUCGAGACAGCUGGGGCCUGAUGACAACGACCCGAACUCGCCGCAGUCAGAGAGCGACGACUUUUGCUCUGCGUGUAGGGGUGCAGGCGAGUUUGUAUGCUGCGAAAACUGUCCACGCGUUUUUCAUCUUCUCUGUUGCGAUCCGCCGCGAACUCAGGUUCCGGAUGGAGCGUUCUACUGCUAUGAGUGCAACGCAAAGUCUGCUGCACCCGACGAUUCCGCAGACUCGUAUCCCAGCCUGGGUCCGCUCUUCAACAAACUCGAGCGUACCAACCCUCGCGCGUUUGCUCUGCCUUCAGACAUCCAGAAUCACUUCGAGGGCGUUUCUGCACGUCCUGAUGGCUCGUACUCUGAGGAGGUCAAGAAGUUUCCGCUGGCGAAGAACAGUGGCUAUGGCUACCAGAGACCCGAAUACACAAAGCUCAUUGAUGCUGACCACAAAGUUAUCUUAUGCACGCAGUGCGGAGUGUCGAGUGGUAACAAGCGCCAAAUGCUGAAGUGUGACUUUUGCCACGCGUACUGGCACUUGGACUGCGUCGACCCACCUCUCGCUAACCCGCCACACAUCAGCCUUGAGGCAUCUCAGCGGGACGCCUGGAGAUGUCCUCGACAUAUCGAACAUGACCUUCGCAGUGGUCUCCUGCUGCAGAACGAUUUGAUUUCUAAAGAUGGGGAUUCUGAGAUGGCCGAUGCCGCGCCGGUAGCUCGGGUGCCACGUAGAGUCCGAGUGCGCAAGCAACCCGAAUACGUUGAGUCAACAUUUUCACGUGGUAUGCGCAACAACGGCUUGAUUGAUAUCACGAACGAUCCUGACGAUGACACUGAUGGCGAAGGCAAUUAUGUGUUUGGCGACAAUGAAUCCAAGGAUGUCAACUCCAAGAUCUUCCGUGUCCCCGAGAAGGGACUCAUCCUUGACUUCGUCAGCAAGGUCAAGAGUGGCCGUGUAGGGAAGAAGGUCGAAGCUCGACAGGCUGCAGAUACUGCAUCACGGCGCAGAGCGUCGAUGCAAAAUUUCAUCGCGUAUCCAUUCCCACAGCAGCAAGCAGCCCUGGCUCUGGCACAGUUGGCAAACAAGAUGCCAGAAACGAACCUGGGUGAGGGCAAAGUCCAUGCGCUCAUCCUCGGUCUCACUUCCGAAGCUCCCCCGGCUGUCUCCUCAGCCAUGUCCAACGCAGAUCCGCCGCCGCCCUCAGCAGACGAACGCGCGCAUUUGGAGAUGCUGCAGAAGCUCAUUCAGCAACGACUUGGAGCUUGA